UUUUUUUUUCUUUAGCCAUUCAGAUGUCAAUUUGCUGGUGUGCUUGGGAUCAUUGUCCUGUUGCAUUGCUUGAUUUCAGCUCAGCUUAAGCUGCUGGACAGAUGACUGCUAUUUUCCCACACUCCGUGGUUGCAAAACAAUCCCAAAUCAUAAUCAUCACCCCUCCACCAACAGGCUUGACAGUUGGUAUGAGGUGUUUGUGGUGAUACACUGCAUUUAGUUUUUGCCAUACAUGGCCCUGUGAAUGAUGACCAAACAUCUCCACCUUGGUCUCAUCAGUCCAAAGGACAUAGUUCCAGAACAUUUGUGGCUUGUUCAGGUUCAGAAGUCAUGUUCCAUAUUCUUUUUGGAAAGAUGGAGCUUUUUCCUUGCCACCCUUUCAUGAAAGCCAUACCUGUUCAGCCUUUUUCUGAUUGUGCUGUCAUGAACAUAAACAUUUAAUGUGCUUACAGAGGCCUGUAGGUCACAUGAUGUAGCUCUUGGGUUUUUCUUCAUAUCUCUGAGCAUUAAAUGGUCUGUCCUUUUGUGUGUGUGUGUGUGUGUCUGUUAGUAGGUGUGUGCAAUUGUGAGGUCAUUCUGGCUGGAACGCUCUAGCACAAAAGAUAUUGCUAAUCUCAUGAGAUUAGCAAUAUUAAAUAAAGGUUUAAAAAUAAUAAUUUUCAUACUCAAUCAACUAUUCAGUUAUCCCUUGUGAUUUCUCUGUGGAUGGGGAUGAGAUGAUCCUGGAAGAGACCACUCCCAUUAGGAUAGAAAUAUUUCAGCAUAGCAUAAAGUUGAUCAGUCAGAAUAAGUUUGUAUUGAUUUGCAGUGAUACUUCUCUCUAAGGCAAUAAGUAGACCCAAAUCAUGCAGGCAAAAAUAAAUGCCCCCGCAACAGAGCCUCUGUUACCUGCCAUAUUUUUUACUUGUCUGUAAAUUAUUAAGUGUAAUAUGACUAGAGCAGUUCACGUGAAUGUAUUCUGUGAAUGUUUCCAGUCAGCACAGACGUGCGCUUCUCCAUGCCUGCGAGUCAGAAGGGAAAGUAGAUCAGUCCACCCGUGAUAUCCCAUGACGAAAAAUACAUCAGCUGACACACACCUUGGCUGAUCCUCUGGUGUGAGAGCCCUACUGUUCUUCAUGAUAUGUUUCCAGCUGAUGUCAUCCACAGAAACGCAUCAUAGGGCCCAUGUGAGGUUGCUCUCUGUGGCAUGGCACAGGCCUUCAUAGUGUUCACACUAUCCCUCAAAAAGCACAGAGAGCACGCAGGACAGCAGCAGUGGCACUAUAGAACAACUGAACAGUUUCCACUUUGCUAUGGAUGAUUUUGAGUACAGUGUACAAAUCUCUGAGCUCGACUGGGACUCCUUUUUUCAAGCGUGUGAAGAGUGUAACAUGUUGCCCCCAGGGUUAGCAGGCCUGGAUGACUCAGGAAUGAGUGACAUGGAUGACAUGGUGAACCAGCGAACACAGACAACCACACAGACUACCUCGCAUGAUCCAGAGCUUCAAAUUGACGGCCCCCCUGACUGUGAAGGUUCUCCUGUGGAGCUUUUUCUGAGCAAAUAUGGCUUGAGCAAUCCAGAUCAAGUUCUCUCUGGCAGUGAGGAUGACUUCCACUUGGAGGCUGUCAAUGUGUUUUUUGAGAGGUUGAAAAGUUUUUCAGUGACUGAAGAUCAGACAAAUUUGGGGAGCAAAAUGGCUGUCCAUUCAGAGGGAUCUGAUGUGAAAGAAGAUACAAAAGAGACAGCAGCAUCUGUAGAAAUAUCGCAGUCAUGCAGAAAUCAGACGGCACAGAGAAAUUAUUGUCAUACCUAUAUGCAUACUGAGUCUACAGAUGAUGAUUUAGACCAAGAAAUAUAUAAAUCUGCCUCUCCUAACACAGAGCUGUUUAUCAGAGAAGAAGACUGGUCACUGGAUGUAUUGAAAGAGGGAGAUAAAUGGGAGGCUAAGAUGAGGACACAACCUGGCAUUGAAAAGGGUCCAUGCAAUGGUCUAGUCAAUGGGAAAGAGCUCACAGAACCGAACCAGGUCAAAGAAGAAAAUUCUCAGCUAGUAACAAGCAAUAAUUCUGACUUGCUUGUAGUUCAGGGUCAAGCUUCCAACGUUACCCCAAGAAGGCGAAGAAGAAAGAAAAAGAGAAUAAAUGUAGAACUGGUGGAAGUGGAUCCUGGAUAUGAGGCUCAAUUGCCAAGCAAAGUGAGUGACUCUGAUGAAGACACAUAUGGGAGAAGAGGAGAAAUUGAUCCAAAGACAUAUAUGUCUGAGUACUGUGGCCCAGGGACUGUUUCUGAGGCAUGCUGUGCACCUCAUGGCUUUCUAGCACAUCCUAAGCAAAAUUGUAUUUCAGAGAAUUUCUCAGUAUUUUCACAGUCAGUCCCAAUGAAGGGAGAUAUCAGGAAGGCUGUACUGGUAAGCCCUCAUUUACAAAAAGAACUCAGUAAGAGCUCAGUAAGAGUUGCUCAGAGCAAGAGAGAAACUGGCAUAAUGUCUGAUAGUAAUCUGACAGGGAAACAAGCAGAAACUGGGAAGCAUGCCAUGAGAGCAGAUCUCAAAGCUCCUGAGGCUGGUGUUUCUGUUACAGAGACACCUCAAAAUGAUGACGGUCUAUCAGCACACACUAAUGGAGAUAAUGCGGGAAAUCAUUUACAGCUUAACAACUAUUUGCCAUCAGAAAUGCUAGUAUCUAUUGCCAGCUCUGAUGUUUCAAAGAUUGAGAGAAAACCUGUAAGCACAGAAAAUCUUGUCUCAAAUCUCACAGAUGAGAUCAAGACACAAACACAUAGUGUAGCAUUACAACUAGCACCUUUGAUGCCAUCACACAAUGUUGUUAACCCAAAGACACAAAAAAGUCAAUCUGAAAAUAGUGUGACGUUAUCAGACUUUCAGUUUGAUGAGUCUAGUGCAAUAGGUCAGAGGAAAACCUCAAUUUCCUGUGUAACAUUUCCUGAGUUAACAGACAAGACAUUCUCCUCAGCAUCUUACAAAAACACUGAGAAGAAAGAGAGUUUAUCUUCUGUGUCUCAUGAUGAAGUCCCACUUGAACACAAAAAUGAUGAUUUGCAAGCUAAGGGAAGUCUGUCAGAAAAAUCUUAUUUCAAGUUAUUGACACAGGCAGAUCAUGUAAAUAUGGCCCAAAUAAAUAACCAGAAUGGUCACAUGGCACAAAUAAUUGCAGCCCAAAUACCAAAAGCAGAUGAGAUCAAGGAUGCUCCAUUAGUUGAACCAAAAGCAGAAAUAAUCAACCAAAAAGUGUCAAAAGAGCCUGACAUCUCAAAUGCAUAUGUGGAUUCACAAACUGAAAAUUGGAUAGAGGAGAAUGUCCCAUCUUUAAUAUUAAAGAAUGUACCUGAAAGCCAGAAAGGCAUAAAUAUGAAAGCUGUUGAAAUUCUGUCCCCUGGUAUCAAAGGGGACCAAAAUGAGGAACUGUCUCUUAAGGGGCAGACCAAGGAAUACCAGUCUCUGGUACACAUCACUGAACCAGACAGUCAACUUUCAGAUUACUCAAAAUCAGAAGACACCCUGUCUAAUUUUCUUACCAGUGGUGAAGAACAAAAAGUUCAAAUUCUCUAUGUAGAUACACCACAUUGUUUUUCAUCUAAAGACCAUGACCUGCCACCUACUAUAGUUGUGCAGCAACAUCCUGAGUCAGUAGGUGGAGCUGAAAGUCUAGGAACAGUAGAUCCUAAUUCUGCAAGUCAACCCACAUCUCCUGUAUAUGCUAUGUCUUCCUUCUGGAAUGAAAUGGAGAAGCUGACCAUAAACGAUAUUUUGCGACUCCGUCUGGUUGGCCAAGCUCAGCACCCCAGUGUGCUACUCCAGCCAGAGGACAGCAGUAUAGUAGAAGUGACAGAUGCAGCAGAUUCAGGAUAUUUCACACACUCGGAUGAAUCCAAGCCUGACCACUCCAGUGGGAAUGUAUCAUUCAUAUCUGACUUUGAUGGAGAGCUUUCACAGCUCCUAUCUCCAGAUGCAACCAAACUAGAUGAGGGGGCAUGGGAAAGUAAUCCAAAUCUGUCUGGAAGUGCAACAGGAAUGGAAGAAGUGUUUAAUUCAGAUACAGCCCAUUCAUCACCUCUCUUUAGAAAUGAUUCCAAUCAUUGCUUCAGGAAGAUGUGUAAAAAUAUAAGUGUCCAAGACUUGCAAGCUCUUGAAGACCAAAACUUGGGGAAAAUCCUGAGAAAUGCCUCUCUCCACUCCAUCCAUUCUGUUUAUUCCACUCAAUCCGAAGUUGAGGAUGAUUAUGUAGAUCCAUUUGAUCGUGUGGAAACUUCAUCCCCAGUGUACCUCUCUGAUGAAGAGGAGAUGGACAGCACUGGCAUCACUUUCUCAGAGAUCUUUGAGUAUCUGUUCGGUACGGAUGAAACCAAACAGUCCGUCUCUCAGGCCGACACUGUAGCUGCUUCUAAUCUUGAUGGAACUGAGACCUCUGUCCUUGAGAUGUAUGAACAUUUCUUUUCAGAGUUUGAACCUGAAAGUUUAUUUUACCCACUUGCAGAUGACAACAGCAGUACUAACGAGCUGGUUCCCAUCUUCUCCUCUUCACGCUCAGCAACUAGGAAUGUCCAGUUCCCUGAGGCAUAUGAUUACUUUUUCCCAGAUGAUUCCCCUGUUCACUCAGAUGAAGAUGAGGAACCUGAGCAUACGGUAAUCCGAGUAUUCACGCGAUAUGACCACACACCAACCAAGAACCAUGGUUCCGUGGCAGCCUCAGACCAAUACAAACACUUUUUACCUGAGAAAGAUAAUAGUUGGACCUUCCUGUGGACAAACCCUUUUUCAUUUAGGAGAGUCCGCCGCACAGGAUUCACAGUCCCACCUGAGGAGUCCAGUUCUCAGGCUCUCACUCCAGUAAAAAAUACUGGCAGGUCAUUUCAUAGAGGAAUUCAACCUAUAAACAUAUUGGGUGCUGAUGAGAACCCAUUUCCAGACCCGCUGAUUCUCAGCCUGGAGAAACGCAUCUUAAGACAGCUGGCAGACCAGCAGAAGAUAUGUAGUGAAAUACAGACAGCUGUUGCUGAUCCAAGGCUGGAUGCACCACUGUUGCCCAUUAAACAGGCAGAUAUGUGCUUGGUUUGCAUUGCCUUUGCCUCAUGGGUCCUGAAGUCAGUCAACCCUCAAGGAGCUGAUACAUGGAAAGCUGUUCUGUUGGCGAAUAUAAGUGCUCUAUCUGCCAUCCGAUACCUCCGGAGAUUCACGAGGGAUGAGGCGGCCAAAAUAUCUCCACUGCGUCAGAUCAAGCCUGCGUAAAUCUGACCACAGGCCUAUGAGUGUUGCCAGGUCACCUUUUUAUCAGUCACUCCUUUUUCCUAUGUAACCCAACCCAGAGCUGAUGAUACAUAUCAUAAGCUGUGCAUGCAAAAACAUCAUGUGAUUAAUUAAUAAUCUUCAUCUAUAUGCUUGCUCACUGAGCCAAGACAGCGGGCAUUAGCUUUCAUAUUAUACAAGGAACACAUCACAACCAUACAGAAUAGUAUAAAAUGACCAAAUCUUGAUAUUUCAUGACCAGUGUAUUACAGUUGUGCCAGUUUUUGUGGGCAAAGAGAAUCAUGUAAGAUUUUGAUCGUUAGUAAGGUAAGAUAAGUGAAAGAAUAAAAAAAGGUGUUGAUCAUGAGGUAAGAUAUGGGCAUUAACUUUCAUCACAUGCAAUAUUCUUGUAAAUUGACCAAUCCUGUGAUGAAAGGCAUGCUAUACAGGUGCAUCUAAAAAUUAGAAUAUCGUGGAAAAGCGCAUUUUGCUCCAUAAUUGAAUUCAAAAAGUGGAACUUUCAUAUAUUCUAGAUUCAUUACACAUAAAGUGAAAUAUUUCAAGUCUUGUUUUAUUUUAAUCUUGAUGAUUACGGCUUACAGCUCAUGGAAAUCAAAAAUCCAGUAUCUCAAAAUAUUAGAAUAAUGAAUUUAUAAUAUGACCUUCUGAAAAAUAUGUUAAUUUACUUGGUUGGGGCUUUAAUCCUUUUGCACGAUUUACUGCAUCAGUGUGGUGUGGCAUGGAGGCAAUCAGCCUGUGGCACUGCUGAGGUGUUAUGGAAGCCCAGGUUGCUUUGAUAGUGGCCUUCAGCUCGUCUGUAUUGUUGGGUCUGGUGUCUCGCAUAGGUUCCCUAUGGGGUUCAGGUCAGGCAAGUUGGCUGGCCAAUCAAGCGCAGUAAUACCAUGGUCAGCAAAACCUGUUACUAGUAGUUUUGGCACAGUGGGCAGGUGCCAAGUCCUGCUGGAAAAGGAAAUCGGCAUCUCCAUAA